GAUCAGCGAGGGAUCAAGAGUCAGCCAAACUGGAAGGAACCCAAGAAGACGGAAAGGACCUCUCAACUGGAGAAAGCUCGGGGAAAGCUGGGGGAGCAAAAGGGGACCUCAGGAAAACAGGGAAGGGGGAAAUGAUAUGAGAACAAGCGCUCGGAACUCAGCAGGAGCCACCCCUAAAAAGACAAAAGUCUCGGAUGCCAGUCGUAAAUUGGCAGAGAUAGAAAAGCGGACUGCAGAAUUUAAGGCAAGGCUUAUCGAGCAGAUGAUGGCCGAGGAUGAGGAGGACCCCCAGGGCGCAGGGUCAUGUGAGGGACGUAGGAUUGGUCAGGACGAGGCCAGGUAUGAGGAGAAGGAUAAUAGCCACAAAGAAACGCCUAGUAAGAAGGGGAAGGACAAGAAUGACCCCCCGGCGAAGGGGACGGAAAACACUAUGACCCCGCCUGCCAUCGACAGCGGCACUAGCCGACUGCCAGCCACGCCGAAAGUAACAGGGGCGUGCGACGGACUCUGGAGCCUUAGGGAAAUGGUGCUAGGAUGGUUUGACCCAGAAGGAACGCCGAAAACCAAGGAGAAGCAGAGGGAAAGCAAGGAAGGGGAAGGGACCAGUGCAGCUGGAGAAGCAGGUAGCUCCGAAGGUGGUCUCAAGAGGAUAGUCACCACCCUUACCCAGACACUAAACAAGAAUCAGGGAUAUCUCGCAGAUGCAAAGAAGAAACUCACGUUCGAUGGGGCAAACAUUACGGAAUUUCUGAUAGACUAUGAGAACCUAGCAGCCUUACUAAAAUGGACGGAAGAGGAAAAGAUGGAGCACCUAGGGCAGCACGUGUCGCUAAGCUUGGAAAGAGACAUUAUGGUCAUCGUCGCGUCCAGUGGAUCCUGGAAAGAAACCAGGAACGAGAUGAUGAGGAAAUACCUGAAGGCAGAGAAAAUGGCAACAGAGGCCGAAUUAGCAGCAGUCCAGAGAAAAAACUAUGCGACUUACAACGAUUUCCUAAGGGCGUUUACGUUAGUGGCGCUGCGAAUUCCCGGGGUAACGGACCGCAUAAUGAGUAAAUACUUCCUCAGGCAGUUCUCCGAGUUUGAUAAGGAUAAGAUUCUGUCAGCAUACCAGCAGACCAGCAAGUUUGAAUACACAAGGGAUGUGGAUUUCAGUACGGUAACAGAUCUUGCAGAGAAGACAGUGGGAGAGCGCGUAAACUGGAAUUUGCCAGGAGGAAUGCGGCGUGCCGUCAUUCUCCUAAAUAACUUGGAUAUAACUGCCGUAGAAGCAGAGUCGGUAGCUGAGCUUGUCUGGGACCAACCAAGGGGGCGCGGACCCCAGGUCAACUUCAUCCUGGAAAGUAAUGGGCAGGAUAGGGUAAACAUUACUACCCGACGGGCUGGCGCGGAAAAGAAGCUCAUCCGAGACACAGUAAUGGAAGAAGUCGCGGGGGCUAGAGCAGAUCAGGAGGAAGAUGAGGCCGGGGAACAGGAGAAGGUUUAUGGAAAAACGAGGGAAGAGGAACUGGUAGAUAAAGCCACGGCGGCAAAGAAGAAGUUCAGGUACCAGAUCCCGAUUCUGACACUGCCCGAAUUAGAUGACACUCUGAGCAAACUUAUGGGCACCAUGGUGUCGGUAUUCUUCCAGACCAUGCUGCAGGCAAGCCCGAGACUACUCAAAGGUCUCAGGCAGCUAUUGACGUGUAAACGUGUAAAAGUAGAGGAGACUCCGGAACCACAGGAACAAGGACCCGAGGAGGCCAAGGCGCCACAAGGAGUCUCUAACCUCCAAAGCAUUCCAGGGGGCCUGGAAGACUUGGAAAAAGUCUUCGCCGAUAUUCGUUUGAAUCUGCCGGACCGAGAAGGUGGCGAAGUAAUGAGAACACUGCCCGACACUAAACUUAGCUUCCACGCACUGCCUGUAGGAGAACUUAAAGUCCAGGUCGGAACUCACCACACCGAUGCAUUAGUGGAUGGCGGCGCAGAAAUUACCCUCAUACGACGGGAUUUCGCAACGAUCACGGGGUGCACAGUGAACAAGGAGGUAGCAGGGAGUAUCAGGGGAGCGGGCGGAAAAAUUCCCUUCACUGGGUAUGUCACCAAAUGCGCGGUCAGGGCAAGAAUUCGGGAAUCCAUCUGGUCUUUCCAACGGAUGACCGUCAUGGAAGAAAUGAACCAUGACAUAAUCCUUAGGAGACCCUGGUGCGCCAGUGUAGAAAUGAUUGGCAUGCACCUGCAUGAUGGCACGUAUAUGGUAGACAUAGAGGAUCAGGUGACUGGUCGCGGAGAACUCCUCCGACUCCUCGGAACUGGAGGGGUCGCCGACAAGGAAUGCCAGUACCUAGUCAACCAGACCCGGGAAGAGCAGGAUACGGAUCGGAAGGAACAAGAGUUCUUCCUCAUACAGAUGUAUGAGGGCGACUUUAGAGAAAUUGGUUUGCUGCUUGUAGGGAACAAACAGCCCACGGAAGUCGUCUCCAAGGCAAGGGAGGAAGCUGAGAAGUUCAUAACAGACAAUGGGACAGAGUUUGUUAACCAGGAAGUGUUGAGCAGGCUUAAGGUCUUGUGCGUACCUAUUAAGAUCAAGGAACCAUACCACCCUGAGGCAAAUGCACCAGUAGAAAGGGGUCAUCGGACACUGAAGAACACAAUCGCGAAGAUGGCAGCGGACGACUUGGGAAAUUGGUCGCGGUAUCUUAGGCAGACAGUCUUCUCUAAUAAUGUGACACCAAAGAGAACGACGGGGUGUAUUCCGGCAGAACUCUGGUAUAGAAGGGAGAUUGAUUUCCCGGUAGAAGCUCUCGUUCCUACUUGGAACAGGCUAGAUGACCAUCCGCACUUGUCUACAGAAGAGUUAAUCGCCGCACGUUGCCAGCAGGUCGCCAGAAAUGAGGAGGCACUGGAGGAAGUAGUUAACCGCGUGAUGGAUAGCCGGAUGAGGGACAAAGCAAGAUGGGACCAGGUGAAGAAUAUUCGAAAGGAGCCGCUCCAGGUGGGGGAAAAGGUGCUAGUCAGGAACUUGGCACUAGAAAGCACAUGGUCUGGGCAGCUGGGAAAGAGAUUCAAAGGUCCUUACAGGAUCGCGAAGCGGGUGGGAUUGAACACGUUUGAAUUGGAGGAUCUCGAUGGUACUAGCAUAAGGGGACCAUUCACGGGACAAAGGCUGGUCAGAUUCUUCAGCAGGGACCCUGUGGAACAAUGGCUACAAGAGGCUCAUGAUGGGGAAACAGGGGAAUCAGCAGCAUGAAAAACAGACAACUGGUUAUGAUUCUAGACCAUCCUCCUGAGGAAGUGAUUAUGACCAUAGGGGUUGCUCGUUUUGUGUGUCUUAUUCUCUGAGGGAACAUGGGAUGACUGCCUGGGCUGAGUGUGAGGAUAAAACUCUGGGACAAUG